UGUAAAUGUUUUGACUCAGCGGUCUCUAUCUUCGCCCAGCCGGUUGUUGUUUUCUUCGAUCAGCUGAUCAGGUUGCCUCUCUUAGACUUUUCGUCAAUUAUUCGUGAAUAUGGCUUCUCUACGCUGUGCAACGAGACUCGCUUCGGUGUACAAACGAGGAAUUGGGGCCAGCUAUGGCUUGGCUUCCCACCAGCUUGCUCCAGCAUGGGGUGCUACGACAACACAAGUAAGGCUGAUGAGUGCCCUCAGUCCGGAGUUUGAGUCGGCUAAGGCCAGGCUUGGAACUCUGUCGGAAGACCCGGGCAACGAGGCCAAGCUGAAGAUCUACGCUCUGUUCAAGCAGGCCACCGUGGGGGCUGUGAAUACUAAGCGGCCGGGCAUGAUGGACUUUGUAGGCAGGGCCAAGUGGGACGCCUGGAAUAGCCUCGGCAACAUGACCCAGGAGGACGCACAGAAGAACUACAUUGCCUUUGUGAAUUCUCUGGCUGGGGCCGAGGAAGAGCAAGCCAAAGCACAAGCUGAAUCGGGUCAGAAAUAUAAGAACUUGUUUGUAACUUGCGAGAACGGGCUGAGGACCAUCACCCUAAACCGGCCAGCCAAGAUGAACGCUAUCACUGUGGAGAUGUACGAGGAAUGGAUUGCUGCCCUCAAGGAAGCUGCAGAUGACCCAGCCACAGUCAUCACAGUGACGACAGGAGCAGGCAACUACUACUGCUCGGGCAAUGACCUCUCAAACUUUGCCAAUAUUUCUCCGGAGAACAUGCACGAACACUCGAAAAAUGCUGGGGUUUUGCUCAAUAGGUUCGUGUCCGCAUUCAUCGAUUUCCCAAAGCCUCUCAUUGCAGUCAUCAACGGCCAUGCCAUUGGCGUGUCUGUCACCGUCUUGGGGCUUUACGAUGCUGUCUAUGCCACAGAUAAGGCAACUUUCAACACGCCGUUCAGUAACCUCGGCCAGUCCCCUGAAGGGUGCUCGUCCUAUACCUUCCCCAGGAUCAUGGGCCCCGGCAAGGCCAAUGAGAUGCUGCUCUUCAAUAAGAAGAUUACUGCCCACCAGGCUUGCGACCUAGGGCUGGUCACAGAGGUGUUCCCAGACGCCAGCUUGCAACAGGAGAUCUGGCCCAGAUUGCAGGCCUAUGCAAAACUGCCGGUUAAGUCUUUGGUUUAUUCAAAGGCCUUGACACGUGACAUGGAGAAGGAUGUGCUACGCAAGGUGAAUGACAUGGAAUGCGACCGGCUGGUUGAGCGCUGGACCUCGGACGAUUGCAUCAAGGCCAUCAUGAACUUCUUCAGUCGCAAGAAGUAAAUUGGUCGAUUUCAAGCACUUGCCUACCUGUAUCGACAAUGUCAGGAUAUCAGAAAAUAAUUAUGGAAAUAUAUAUGUUCUCCCAGUGCUUGUUAAUAAGUUUUGAUAUAGAUUUUUUACAAAAUCGUUACUGAAUAUAGUCAUUUUUAUUUUUAGCUUAUUAGCAAAUGUGCCUAUUCUUCUAGCUUAAUGUACAAUAUUAUGAAUAUUAAUGUAUAUUCUCACAACUUAAAACAAUAAAGGGAAGUUUGUUAUUGGCUUGAAUUCAUUAAAAAUCAGAGUGAAAGAAAUCUGAGAAACAUUUAAAAAGCAGGAGUAAGCAUUAUUUAAAAAUGUUACUUUUAAAACACUCAAAUUGUAUUUAAAAAAGUCUAAGAAUGGUAUUCAUUUCAUCAUAUUUUUGUAAAAGAAAGAAAAAAAAAAAACUAGAAUAACUGAAAACCCUGGUAAAUUUAAUGUCCUAAUGAGAACAGAAGCCUUGUUGCGUAAGUAGAAGAGAGUUGAGUAUUAAUAGUCAUUAGAAAUAGAUGAAAUAUUUGAAAUUUUUAUUUGUAUGGCAUGUUUUUAUUUUUUAUUUAUUUAUUUUUUUUGUUAUAAGCAUGUACCUUUGCACAGGCAAUUAUCAAUGCAAAUUCUUGUUAAAGCAAUUAUCAAUGCAAUUUACUGUAAAUAAACCUCUUGAUAACAAUAUAUAUUUUGGCAAAUGUUGUUAU